AUGACGCGCGACAGCAGACAUGGUACCCUCUGGAAGGGGCUGGCAUGUCUUUUUGCACUCCAAUUGCCCCUCGUGGGCGCGCAGCUGGCAGAGGUAGAGAAGGCUACCAAUGCCAGCUUGCUCUGGGGGCCCUAUCGUCCAAACUUGUACUUUGGCGUCAGGCCACGCAUUCCUAAGAGCUUAAUGGGCGGGUUAAUGUGGACCCGAGUGGAGGACUAUCAAAGUGUGCAGAAUAAUUUCCGACACACCUGCGAGCAGCAUGAGCUAGACGGCUACGGCUGGGAUGAGUAUGAUGUGCGUAGCGGCGGCCGACAAACAAUCCACGAUCCUGCGAACAAAAUCGACAUCACCACCGAGUUUAUCAAGUUCCCAGGUGGAGAACACGGCGGCAGCUGGGGCGCAAGGAUCAAGGGAACGCCGCGAGAAGACGCCAGCCCGAAUCUACGUACAACGGUCAUCUGGUACAACACGCUCGAAGGUUUGGGUAGUCUGGAAGUCGCAGAUGCUGACACGGAAGAGCCGGGUGUCAAAGGUGAUGUUGUCUUGAAAGGGCAGACGACUGAGCUUGGUGACUUUGAAGUCAGGGUCACGGAAGGCAAAGGCGAGCACCCCGUCACUGGCCAUCCGAGCUGGGACGAUAAGCCUUUGGACAGGACACUGGUCCAUAGCGGACAAAUACCCGAUGAGGCGCUAUGGCAGGUCAAGGCUAUUCUGUUCGCACACAUGAAGGGUCAGAUUGAUGUCUUGAUCCCAAAGUACGACGAGCAAAACCCCCCACCCCCUGCUCAGGUUUACACCAUCCAGCAUUUGCCUGGCCAAGGAAAUAUGCACAUUGUCCAAAAGGUCUUUGAGGGGCCAUUCGAGUUCGAUGUCAUCUUCUCAUCCGGGUCUGCUCCUGAAAAGGUUACCUCGCAAGACAUUACCCAGCAGAUUGACUCGGUCACUUCAAGCUUCUCAUCUCGCUUCACCAAAAUCUUCGAACCACAAGCUCCUUUCCUCAAAGAGCGCUACGAGGAGUUUUCAAAGUCGCUAUUCUCGAACCUGAUCGGCGGUAUCGGCUACUUCUUUGGAGACUCUCGUGUCGACCGCUCCUACGACCCUGCUUACGAAGAGGACAGUGAAGGGUUUUGGGAGGAGGCUGCCGAGGCACGAAGCAGGAACGUAGCCCAGCUCGAGGGGCCUUCGGAGCUUUUUACUGCAAUUCCAUCUCGGCCAUUCUUUCCACGUGGCUUCCUUUGGGACGAAGGUUUUCAUCUGUUACCCGUCAUUGACUGGGAUGCUGACCUCACUCUUGACAUUAUCAAAAGUUGGUUCAAGCUAAUGGAUGAAGAUGGUUGGAUCGCCCGUGAGCAGAUUCUCGGUCCCGAAGCCCGCAGCAAGGUGCCUGAAGAGUUCCAAGUACAAUACCCUCACUACGCGAACCCACCAACGCUCUUCAUGGUUAUCACUUCCUUCCUCGAUCAGCUCGAUGCGAUAAAGACGGACACUAGCAGCGAAAAGCUUCGUCAAGAAAAGUCCUACUCAAUGCAACUGUCGAACCGCGAGGCAGCACUCGAAUAUCUCCGCACUCUCUACCCACUGUUGAAGCGCAACUAUUUCUGGUACCGCAAGACACAGGCUGGUGAUAUCAAGAGUUAUGAACGUCAGGCCUUUUCUUCGAAAGAGGGCUACCGCUGGCGUGGACGUACCCCAACGCACAUCCUUACCUCUGGCCUUGAUGACUACCCGCGCGUUCAGCCACCGCACCUUGGGGAGCUCCAUGUCGAUCUCAUCAGCUGGAUGGGUAUGAUGACGCGUGCAAUUAAGCGCAUCGCAAUCUACCUCAACGAAGAAGACGACGCAACCGAGUUUGCUCGCUACGACGAAGCCAUCACCCGAAACAUCGACGACUUGCACUGGUCCGAAAAAGACCAAACAUAUUGCGACGCCACUAUCGAUGACUAUGAAGAGAACGCGCUGGUCUGCCACAAGGGAUACAUUUCUCUAUUUCCUUUCAUAACAGGCCUGAUAGACAAGGACAGCAAGAAGCUCGGUGCAGUCCUUGACCUAAUUGAGGAUGAGGAAGAGCUCUGGAGUCCCUACGGAAUCCGCAGUCUGAGCAAGAGCGACGAAUUCUACCAUACUGCCGAAGAUUACUGGAGAGGACCAGUCUGGAUGCCAAUCAACUACCUAGCCGUAACCCAACUUCUUAAACUCGCACAAUCCCCGGGCCCUUACCGUGCACGCGCCACGAAAAUUUACACGGAGCUUCGCAAGAACCUGGUCAAGACGGUGUAUGAGAGCUGGAAGGAGACGGGGUUCGCGUGGGAGCAAUAUAAUCCUGAGACUGGAAAGGGGCAGCGGACGCAGCAUUUUACGGGGUGGACGAGCUUGGUGGUGAAGAUUAUGGCGAUGCCGGAUUUGAGUGGCGAGGAGGUGAAGGAGAAGGAUGAGUUGUAG